GACUCCUCAUCCAUAAAGCAUACCCACUUCAACCCUCCUCUCACUCCUCUCUUCAAUCUCAUAAUCAUCCAUGGCCGACCGCCCCCAACCCCAUCAGCUUCAGGUUCACCCACAACACCUUUACAAUGCUGGUAUCAAGACCCUCCUUCCCCAGAAAGGCCCAUCAACCUCCCAGGUUCUAGCGGUCAUAGCCCUCCUCCCCCUCGCCGGUUUUCUGCUGCUUCUCGCCGGCCUCACUUUCGCCGGCAGCGCACUAGGCCUCGCUGUAAUCACCCCUCUGUUCCUGAUCUUCAGCCCUGUUUUAGUCCCUGCUACCAUAGCCAUCGGGCUUGCCGUUGUCUCCUUUGUUACGUCGGGAGCUUUUGGAGUGACGGGACUGUCGUCGCUGUCAUUUGCAGUGAACUCUUUCCGACAAGCUGCCGCUCCGCUGCCUGGGUACUUGCGGAGUGCGAUGGAUAAAUUGGGGGAGAAGACCAAGGGUUUGGGGCAGGGGAUCCAGAAGCAAGCCCAUGAAGGCGGGCCCAUUAGAAAACUCGGCUACUAAGCUUGGGCCUUUUGGGCUUUGAUGUGGGUUUGGGCUGUAGGAGAGUUGAGAAUGAGUUUUAUUUGUGUAUGGGCUUUUCUUUAAUGUACUCGUAUGGGGUGUGGUAUUUGGUAUCUGAGUAGAGACUUUAUGUAUGUUGAUUUUAUAAUUGAACGUUCAACCUCUUUGCCAA